CCGGAAGCCACCUCAGGGGGUGAGCCAUGGCGGGUUUGCCUGUUAGAGACCCUGCGGUGGAUCGUUCUCUGCGUUCUGUAUUCGUGGGAAACAUUCCUUAUGAAGCUACUGAAGAACAGCUGAAGGACAUCUUCUCUGAGGUUGGGCCUGUUGUUAGUUUCAGAUUGGUGUAUGAUAGGGAGACAGGAAAACCAAAGGGUUAUGGCUUCUGUGAAUACCAAGACCAAGAGACGGCCCUUAGUGCCAUGCGGAACCUGAAUGGUCGCGAAUUCAGUGGGCGAGCACUUCGAGUGGAUAAUGCUGCCAGUGAAAAGAACAAAGAGGAACUCAAAAGCCUUGGCACUGGUGCACCUGUCAUUGAGUCGCCUUAUGGAGAGACCAUCAACCCCGAGGAUGCCCCUGAAUCUAUUAGCAAAGCAGUUGCUAGUCUUCCACCAGAACAGAUGUUUGAGCUGAUGAAACAGAUGAAGCUCUGUGUCCAGAAUAGUCCCCAGGAAGCACGAAACAUGUUGCUUCAGAAUCCUCAGCUGGCGUAUGCUUUGCUACAUGUAGCACAGGUAGUGAUGAGAAUUGUGGAUCCUGAGAUUGCCCUGAAAAUUCUGCAUCGCCAGACAAAUAUGCCAACGCUGAUUUCAGGCAACCCUCAGCCAGUCCAUGUUGCUGGGCCUGGCUCAGGACCCAAUGUUUCAAUGAACCAGCAGAAUCCUCAGGCCCCUCAGGCUCAAUCUUUGGGCGGAAUGCAUGUCAAUGGUGCAACUCUGAUGCAAGCUUCUAUGCCAGGUGGAGUACCUGCCCCAGUGCAAAUGGCUGCAGCUGUAGCAGGACCUGGCCCUGGUUCUUUAGCCCCUGCAGGAGUCAUGCAAGCCCAAGUGGGAAUGCAAGGAGGUGGACCAGUGCCCAUGGAAAGAGGACAAGGAACCCUACAGCACUCGCCCGUGGGACCCACCGGGCCUGCAUCAAUUGAGCGAGUUCAAGUGCCAAUGCAAGACCCCAGAGCAGCUAUGCAGCGGGGAGCCUUGCCUGCCAAUGUCCCAACUCCUCGUGGUCUGUUAGGAGAUGCCCCCAAUGACCCACGGGGAGGCACUUUAAUGUCUGUAACUGGAGAGGUAGAGCCUAGAGCUUACUUGGGACCCCCACUACCACCUCAUCAGGGCCCACCCAUGCACCAUGUUCCUGGCCAUGAAGGUCGUGGACCACCCCCACAUGACAUGAGGGGAGGUCCAUUAGCUGAGCCCAGACCUUUAAUGGCAGAGCCAAGAGGACCCAUGAUAGAUCAGAGGGGUCCACCCAUGGAUGCUAGAGGUGGAAGAGAUCCCCGAGGAUUAGAUGCACGAGGGUUGGAGGCCAGAGGACUGGAUGCCAGGGGACUGGAGGCCCGUGCCAUGGAGGCCCGUGCCAUGGAAGCCCGUGCCAUGGAGGCCCGUGCCAUGGAAGCCCGUGCCAUGGAAGCCCGUGCCAUGGAGGCCAGAGGCAUGGAUACCAGAGGCCCGGUACCUGGACCUAGAGGACCUAUACCUAGUGGAAUCCAAGGUCCCAAUCCAAUGAACAUGGGGGCUGUCGUUCCCCAGGGAUCAAGACAGGUCCCAGUCAUGCAAGGAGCAGGCAUUCAAGCAGCAGGCAUGCAAGCUGGAAACCAACCUGGUGGCUUUAGUCCUGGACAGAGCCAAGUCACACCCCAGGAUCAUGAGAAGGCUGCUUUGAUUAUGCAGGUCCUUCAGCUCACUGCAGACCAGAUUGCCAUGCUGCCUCCUGAGCAGAGGCAGAGUAUCCUAAUCUUAAAGGAACAGAUACAGAAAUCCACUGGGGCACCUUAAAAGGUUCUGAAAAAUACCUGGCAACAAAUCUGGAAAUAGUAAUUCCUUAACAUUGCUGAAAUGUUGAAAACAUGGUGACUUCUGCAUCCUAACCCCUGAUGAUUCAGUUGGUGCCAGGUGGAGGACUCGCAUGACCAUUUCUCCAAACGAAAGCAGUUCGUUUUGUUGUCUUAGUUUGUAUAUUUUCUGUGAUGUCAAAUAAACUCUGAACACAAUCUUAGCAUACCGAAAAUUGAUAUA